ACACACUUUUAGCCCCCGGCCUUCCUUACUUCCUACUCCGAAGCUCCACCCUCGCUUUUAAAGCUUUUCUUUUUCCUCUCUCUCUCUCUCUCUCUCUCUCUCCUCAGGACCUCUCUCUAUCUCUAUCUCUCUCUCUAGAAUCCAUGGACCCGACUCCCCACACCUGCAAGCACUGCUCCAAGACCUUUGCAACCUUCACAGCCUUAGGCGGCCAUAUGCGAUCUCAUUCCACCACCUCCACCAUCACCACCACCACCAAUACUAAUCCCAACCCUCUUCCUCUCUCUUACUCUCUCAGAAACAAUCCCAAGAAGACGCGCCCUUUCGUUCUCUACGACUCUCAGACCUUCACCCCUCGCCGGAAUUCUCAUCCCCCAAAGAAUUCAGGCCGAAAAUCGGGCCAAAUUCCCUGCAAUUCCGGCGACACAGAUACCGAGAUUUCGAGCUCCAUCUCGGAUGCGGCUUCAGUUGAGGAAAACGUAGCUGUGAGCCUCAUGCUCCUAUCAAGAGGCAUGUAUGACAACCCCAAUUCACCUAAGAAUAGAUUUUCUGGUGAGUUUUCCGGCGUUGUCCUGCCAGAUUCCGGCGUUUGUGAAUCAUCAGAGCCGUCCAAGAAGAGCAAGUUUGAAUGCAGUGCUUGCAAGAAGAUCUUCAAGUCCUAUCAAGCUCUAGGGGGUCACAGAGCUCGACACAUGAGGAUCAAAGGUAUCUCUGCAACUUCAAUGGAAAAUGGGGAACUUUUGGGUUGCUUAAAUAAUCAAGAAAUUGAGGAGGGGAAGAUCGAGAGCUCUGCAACAACAAUGGAAAAUGGGGAAUUUUGGGGUUUUUCUAAUAAGGGGGAAAGUUCCAAAGAAAUCAAGAAGAUCGAGGGCUCCCCUGCAACUACAAUGGAGAGUGGGGCGAUCUUGGGUACUCCGAAUAACCAGAAAGCCCAGGGAAAUCGAAGAAAGAUCGAUUCUUUAUCCGCAACAGCAAUGGAAAAUGGUCGAAUUUCUGGAUUUCCCAACAAAACGAAAAUUCACCAGUGCCCUUAUUGUUACAGGGUUUUUGGCUCUGGUCAAGCUUUAGGAGGACAUAAGAGAUCGCAUGGUGCAUCAGCUAAGCUUGGAUUGAAACCACCAUCAGAGGCAGAGAGUGUUCUUGAUCUGAACAAACCAGCGCCGGUUAAUGAAGUUGAAGGAGAUGCAAUCAGUAGAAUCGAAGUUAUGGGGGAGGAAGAUGAAGUAGGUUCGAGCUCGUUUUGGCGGGAUCAAUGAGAAAUCUGGUGAAUUUUGCGGUGAUCAAUGAGAAUUCCGGUGAAACUCCGGCAACUUCUGUACAUUCCGGCUGUGAUAGCCCAGCGAGCUUCACGGCUACAAGAUCGGGUCGUGGUGAUUUUACCAGAGAUGAACGGCUGAGAUAGUUCGAGAUUUUCUCGCCGAAAUUUCACAGGUAAUUGUUUGGGUGCUCUUUUAUAUUUUUAUUUUUUGGGGGUGCUUUUUUUUUUUUAAUAUCCUUUUGAUGAUUAAAGCAUAUAAUUUGUUGUUUCAACUCACUGAAAAUUGUAUUUACAUUCUUUUCUCUUCCUUUUUUUUUUUUUCCCCUCCUUUUUUGCAUUUCUUGAUGGCCUGUGUUUUUCUUUAAAUGCAUUUUUCGUGUUUUUCUUUAAAUAUAUUUUAUCUCUCUCUCUCCUCUGUCUCUCUCUUUCUCUUUCUUGUGGGGAAUUUGACAUUUACCCUAAUCAGCUAAUUAGACAUGCUAACCUUAGCUGUCUAAUCACAUCUACUAAAUAAAUAAUUGGGGCUUAGUUUUUAACUCUUGUUUUUUUUUUGCAUUUUUAAUUUAAUCUAUGCAAUUUUUCUUAUUAAUAAAUAUUCUGUACAAAAAAGAAUCAUUCCACUCUAGAAGCUUAGGAACGGUUUGCUAGUAAACUUUACACUCCUUUAAUUAAAUAUUAAAUGAGUUAUUAAAUGGAAAAAUCUCAUGAAUAUCGUUAAGAUUUGGUGUUAUAUUGGGGUAGUUUUGUACACUAGAUUAGUCAUCACUGUUCAUUUCGAAUGAUGGAUGGUUGAGAUGAACUUUGCUUGGGAGGAGAAUGUUGCAGGAAUUGUUCAACUUCACUGUCCAUCACUGAGAACGGAUGGCUGGAGCACUCCGUGUCACGUAGAAACAACUUCUUGCAUGAAUUUAGCAGAGGCCUUGGCCCUAGCCCUAGUCCUAGUCCUAGUCCUGUAAGAGCCGUGCCAAAUGAGAUAGAAAUAAAUAAAUGAAAAAAUAAAGGAAAGAAAGAUUGGGUCAGACCGAACUGGCCUGGCUCGGCAUGUCCUACAAUGGUGGUUAAUCCACCCCUUCGACUAGGUCGGGCAAGGCCAACGACCCAUUGCCAGCACUAGCUUUAUGUUAGUUUGAGCUAUAGUUAUCAAGACCGGACUGAACCAACGAUCUAACCACUCGGAUUGUCGACUGAUGUUUGGCUGGUAUGGUCUAGAGUAAAAAUGAUGUUCGAUCGAUUUGGCCAAUCUAACUAGCCAAGACAUGUUAAAGUUGGGCAGUUUUCUCCUAAUAUAUUUCAUGUUGAAAAACAUUUA